UUGUGACCUCUACAUGUGAGGUUUAUUUACUUCGAGGUAACAGAUUUUGUUUUGGGCUUUUUUUUAGCAUUUCGUUUAUAGUAUUAUGAGUUUACACCUAUCGUUGUGCUGUUAAGAAUCCAAAAUGGCAGAUAUUACGACGGAUAUGGUAAAUAGCUUUUUCAGCUUAGGAAAAACCGCGGCGAAACCGAAAGUUGUGGUGGCGGUAAAAGGACCUCCUCGAGCUCCGAAUACGAACUACAGGCCUGAUUUUAAGCUACCAAAGAAAUCAAGCUUAUCAAGCCCUAUAAGCCCAGGCAGUGAAGGUAGCUGGACUCCUCAUUCUCAAAAUGACAAUGCAUUCUUCAAUGGAGAAGAGCUCAGUGACUUGGACCUGAAUGGGCUGGACGAUCUGACUCCGCCUGACCCAGAUGCCCCUACCCCUGCGGCUUUCAGGGGGGAGGACGAUGACCAUAUAUUUGAGAAUUACUCAUUUGAGCAUGAGUACCCUACUGACCUGCCAAUCACUUCCUAUCAUCACGAGAUUGUGAACACUAUUGAAAAUAAUUCUGCAUGUGUCAUCUUUGGUCCUACUGGCAGCGGCAAGACAACCCAAGUCCCUCAGUAUAUCCUUGACCACUAUGCAAAGCAGAGGAGAUACUGUAACAUUCUAGUGACUCAACCUCGCAGGAUUGCUGCUGUCAGCAUAGCUAAACGUGUUUGCCAGGAGAGAGACUGCCCACUUGGCAGCCUUAUUGGUUAUCAGAUCGGACGGGAUAAGUGCGUUAGCGAGGAUACUAGACUGGCAUAUGUUACCACAGGGGUCCUACUGCAGAAGCUUAUUUCUGCCAAGAAUAUGAACCAGUUCACACAUGUCAUCAUUGAUGAGGUCCAUGAGAGAGACAAGGACACAGAUUUCUGCCUGCUUGUCGUGCGUAAACUCCUCAGAUCCAACUCUAGGCAUGUCAAGGUAGUGCUCAUGUCUGCUACCUUGGAAAGUGACCUGUUCUCGCGCUACUUUGCCAUGCCCAUCCGGGGUCAGUUGGAGGGUGCUCCUGUAUUUGCUGUUGAAGGCAAUAUCUUUCCCGUCCAGGAGUACUACCUUGAAGACCUAGCGUCUGUUGGACCGCUUCCUGACAUAUUACUUGAAGAGCCUGAGAUCGCCCCAGAAGGAUAUGACCUGGCAGCCCAGAUCAUUGUCUACUUGGACUAUUGGGAAAGGGCAGGGGUUAGUGCUGAUACCAAGGUGGAACGUGGCUCUGUACUGAUAUUCUUGCCAGGAAUUGCUGAGAUCUCUCGGAUGCGUGAUAUUCUAAUAGACAAGUGUGCCAACUGUCGCCUUUGUCCUAUUGCGCUUCAUUCUGAUCUCAAGGAUGACUCACAUGACAAGAUCUUCUACAAGUUGACUGAUGGUCGCAGAAAGGUCAUUUUGUCAACUAACAUUGCUGAAAGCUCUAUCACUGUUCCGGAUGUGAAAUACGUGAUCGACUUUUGCCUAACCAAAUGCCUCAUCUCUGAUCCUGAAACAAAUUACCAAAGUUUGAGGCUUCAAUGGGCAUCUAAGUCUAGUAGCACCCAAAGAAAAGGUCGUGCUGGCCGUGUCUCUGCCGGCUGCUGCUAUAGGAUGGUGUCUCGCAGGUUCUACGAGGAGUGCAUGAGUGACUAUGGUGUUCCAGAAUUACAGAGAUGUCCUCUAGAGCAAGUAGUACUUCAAGUCAAACUUCUAGAUCUUGGUGCACCUAAAGCCAUCCUUAGCCUUGCUCUACAGCCCCCAGACAUUGAGGACAUAGAGCGUACCGUGCUGCUGCUGAAACAGGUGGGAGCGCUGUCCACAAUAAUGAAGGGAAGGCGCAUUGACCCUUACGACGGGGAAUUGACCUUUAUUGGCAAAGUCCUUGGUACCCUCCCUGUUGAUGUGCGCAUUGGCAAGCUCAUGGUACUAGGUUAUGUGUUUGGAUGUCUAGAGGAAUGCAUUGUGAUUGGUGCCUGUCUAUCUCUGAAGUCUGUCUUCUCCAAAGGCUUUAAACAGGAGCUGACAACGUACAGGCACAAGAUGUCUUGGGCAAAUGGUUCUUCCAGUGACUGCCUGGCCUCUAUGUUAGCAUACAGGAGUUGGAGUGAAAUGAAAGAGCGCAACUAUGGAUUUGAAGGGGAGGGUGGAGAGAAUACUUGGUGCAGGAAGAAAGGAAUUGUGGUGCCUCGUAUUCGAGAGGUCGAUGCGCUUGUGAAAGACCUGACAGAGAGACUGAAAGACUUAAAUGUCAGAACCGUCUGCCCUCUCUACCGAAAAAAUAGUGGCACACCAGAUGAUCUGCUUAUACUUAAGCUUGUAAUUGCCGGAGCCUUCUACCCCAACUACUUCACAUCUGGGGAUGUUGAUGAAGUUGAAGCCAACAAAAUCAUGUCCGGCCAUGACCCAUACAAAACGGUGAUGAUUCGAGGUAUGCCCCCAAAUGGGGCCAUGUACAAGUCAAGCAUCGCAAGACUUUUCAGAGAUUGUGGAAAGGGCAAGGCUUUGUACUUUGAGGAAAGCAGGGCUUACAUUGAGUUUGACCGGCCUUCAACUGUGCACGGUGCCACUUCUACUACCAUUCUACCUGCUGUGUAUUUGGCUUUGAAAAUGAGACAUUUGCGGCUCCCUCUCAACAUAUAUAUCUCAAGGAGAACAUCGCAAAGCGCAAGUGACCCAACUUUUACCCACUCCAAUAGGCUACGAACAAACAGACGUGCUGCCUCUCUAUCUGCAAAUCGAAUGUAUGGCCACCAACCACGACAGAUAUCACUUCCUUAUAAAGGUUACAUCGAGAUUGCAUCAACCCAGGUUGUGGAAGCUGGUCAUUUCUGGGCCCAGGUCUCUGAUCAAGAGUCCGCCUCACGGGUGCAAUUACUCCAGUCCAGCCUGAAUAGGAAUGCUGGUCGAGAUUUCCAGGAUGUGGACGCCAGUGAAGUCUACCAGGGGUAUCUCUGCAUUGCUUUAUGGGAUGAAGACGAGCAGUUCUACCGUGCGAAAGUUUUGUCUAAGCAUCCGAACAAUGAGUUUGAGGUAAUGUUCUUGGAUUUUGGAAACGUCUCGCGAGUCAAACUUACCAGCUUGAAGAAGAUAACCCCACAACUACUGCAGCUACCAUUUCAGGCAUUUGAGGUCAUGCUAUGUGAGAUCCAGCCCGCCAAUAUGCCGGACUGUCCGACUGGAAUGUGGUCCCAUCAAGCGAACCAAAGGUUUACUGAGCUUGUGCAGAACCGCAAUCUAGUUGCAAAGGUUUACAGCCAGCUCCAUGACGUUCUACGUGUAGACCUGUACGACACUAACACCAACCAGGACAUACACAUCAACCAGAUUCUCAUCAACGAAGGCCUUGCCCAGUUCAUGGAAGAAUCUUUCGCUUCUAAGGUUGCUCACCAGCAGGCUGAUACCAUGAGAUCAGAUGAACCCCAAGUAGAAGACAACACGGCUUGGGUGGAGAGUAAUGCUGAAGAGAUGCACAACCCCUCUGACAACGUGCACAGGGUUUCUCUUCGCGGGCCGUUCAGCCCUCUUGAACUUAGCUUCUACAGCAUCACUUGUAUCGGCCGCCUUAGAGCAGCCAAGAUUGAGAUGGACUCUGUAAACAGCAUAGCACUGAGUGACCAGCCCCAGGACACGCACGCACGACUACUGGUGUCAGCCAACAUCGGCAUCAAUGCGUCAGGGCAGUCUGUUAUUGCAAGGGAGACCACCUUGAUGCCCAACAUCCACGGCCUGCUGCCGAUCGUUGCCCUCACCUUCGCUCCCUGUGCAGAACUAAGGACGGACCCUGAUAAGCACCAGUACACAGGGGCCCUGAUAGGCCUGGGUUACGACCCGCGCACCAACCGGCCCAUGCUGCCAGACCACGACAUCGAGCUCACCUUUGACGUGGAGAUCAACCAGAACGACGUGAUUAUUGUUAACUCUUUAAGGCAGGGUAUCAACCUGGCGUUUAGUAACGAAGGGAUGGCGGCCGAGUGGGGCACAGCAGCUAUCAGGCAGAUCCAGACAUCUUGUAGACAAAAGAUCAUCGAGCUUAUUCUCAAGAAGCGAGAGGAGCGGAAGCCAUACACAUUCCCGAAGCAGUACCGCUGGAACCAGGUUGAACCAGACUACGUCCUCCCACCAAACGAUAGCGACACGCCCGAGCUCUACCAGCUCCACAAUGGGAUACUCAUAUCAGGGGCUUCCGAGGACAGCGACACACCCGCGCGCGUACUCGAGAGACGGGAGAAGAACGAGGCAUUCCGCCAGCGUGCCGGAAGAUCAUCAGAGCCUUUCCCUGAGCCUGCGCUUUGUGAGCUCUGCCAGGUCACGUGUCGUCACCCAAGGGCAGUAACUUUACAUCUGAACAGCUCAUGCCAUCGCGAAGAAGAAGACAUUUUGUACGACGGCAUGCGAUACUGAUACGAUACUACACCGACCCAGCCAUGGAGGGCUUAAGACUUUUAUCACAUAACCUCAUUAUGAGCAACGUGCCACACAACCAGUGAGAAGUCUAUGCUAUGUGGACGAGCCAUGACGACAAGAGAGUGUAAAUCAACUGCUCAUCACAAGACCUCAUCGUGAGCAAUGUGUCACAACCGCUGAUAGUUCUUAGCAUCUUCAAGACCAUGUCAAACAACCGUUAAACAAACAAUCACAAAACCUCGUCGCGUUGACGUUUAUGUAACUCUGCAUUUGACAUAAAAACUUGACCAAAUCGGCACGGCGUGGAAGUUUUGUGUAGGGAACUAAAUGCGCCACUCUGUUUGCGAUGUUUCCCUGACGCACAAGAAAGGCUAGCGAGGGUGGACUCGACUUGGGGACAUCGCUUACACCUUGUCAUAUGCCAUCGUGCAGUCACAGUUUCAACAAAAACCCAAGAACGAACUUCGCUGUAUAAAACAAAGUAUUCCCAUUAAUAUUCGAACUGUGGCAGAAAGUAGCGCCAAAGACCUUAGUAUGCAGAGAGAAUUUCGCAUACGAUAGCUCUAUAUUCCAAGAAUAGUGGUGAAAUAAGUUAGGAGAAUAUAUGUAAAAUAUUGUUUAGAAUUCAUGCUGUUACCAAGUUUUCCAAGAUUAAAAAAUUCAAGAGAAAUAUAUUUAGGUUAAUUUGAUAGGUCAUUGGUUUACUAAAAGGAGGUAAGCGCCAAUAGUUGAACAUGGUCAAAUACAAAUGGAGUUUUUCCUGGUAUAGACCUGAAGGCAAAUAAAGUAGUUGGAUAUUGUUUGUGAUGUUUGAUUAACCUAUUAUUGACACAGAGUAAAAAUAUUGUAAAAAAAAAGGCACCGUUAAUGUUUACACCCAAGAAAGAAUACAGAAUAUUGUAUGAGCCAUAUUUUGUCUAGAGGCUAUGACUGAACAGAACGUAUUAAAAAGUAAAAACGUACGUACAGCAAAGAAAAACGUACAAAAACAUACACAGCAAAGAAAUUUGCCGAACCUAAAUAAUAAACGAAAAAAAUAUAUUGGUAUUCUCCGCUGAUAGUAUAAUUUUACUUUCCAAAGUAAUAAACUCAUAACUUCUGUGA